UUAACGCGUUUUCACCUGCUUGCGCGCUCGUAUCGUUUGAUAGAGAUCGAUAUCUGUCGAUUAAUUCAGCGUGUGUUCUUAUUCUAUGCUAUGGGGUCUCUUCCACCGCUAUGAUUAUUUCCCUAGGGUUUUUGAACUGGUAAUCGAUGCUGGCUACGUCAAAAAAAGUUAUUACUAGAGCAGAUUGGGAGAAAAAACUCAAUGAUGUUAAAGUUAGAAAGGAGGAUAUGAAUAAACUUGUGAUGAACUUUCUUGUUACAGAGGGCUAUGUGGAGGCUGCAGAAAAAUUCCGGCUUGAAUCUGGGACAGAGCCAGAUAUAGAUCUUGCAACUAUUGCAGACCGUAUGGCUGUUAAGAAGGCAGUACAGAGCGGUAAUGUUGAGGAUGCUAUUGAAAAAGUUAAUGAUUUGAACCCUGAGAUACUGGACACAAAUCCCCAACUAUUUUUUCAUCUUCAACAGCAACGGUUGAUAGAAAUGAUUAGGAAUGGCAAGGUAGAAGAGGCUUUGGAGUUUGCUCAAGAGGAACUUGCUCCAAGAGGAGAAGAAAAUCAAAGCUUUUUAGAAGAGUUGGAGAGGACUGUUGCGUUGCUUGCUUUCGAAGAUGUCACCAGUUGCCCCUUAGGUGAACUGCUUGACAUAUCCCAGCGCCUUAAGACUGCCAGUGAGGUCAACGCAGCCAUCCUUACGAGUCAAAGCCAUGAAAAAGAUCCUAAGCUUCCCAGCUUACUGAAAAUGCUGGUGUGGGUGCAAAACCAGCUUGAUGAGAAAGCUUUGUAUCCUCGAAUAAAUGAUUUGUCCACGGCAGCCCUAGAAGAUCCUGCUGUUUGAGAUACAGAAUAAAAUCAACUUCAUCUGAGAGGUAGUGUUCUUUUCCUUGGAAGAUGACUACAUUCAGUAGUAAGUGGGAUGUCUGAACUGCUUUGUGAAUUUAGCGUUUGUAGUUUGUACAUGAUUUUAUGAUGAAUAUUGAAUUGUGUAAGAUUCCAGAUCUGUAUAAGAGAUAUAAUAUGACACGUAUUUCUCUGUUA